ACAUAUACCGCUCUGACGCUCUGCAUCUUCCGAAACGCUCUCUAUUCUAAGAAGAAGAUUGCGAGGAUUUUGGAAUUUAGGGUUGCGAUAAGAGAGAGAGAGAGAGAGCUAUGGCAUUGACAAAGGCGAAGGAGAUCGUGUCGUCCAAUUCGGUCGUCGUGUUCAGCAAGACGUAUUGCCCCUACUGCGUGAGCGUGAAGCAGCUCUUGACUCAAUUGGGAGCUAAAUUCAAGGCCAUUGAGCUGGACACUGAGAGUGAUGGAGCUCAGAUACAAUCAGCACUGGGUGAGUGGUCUGGCCAGCGGACUGUACCCAAUGUGUUCAUUGGUGGAAACCACAUUGGUGGAUGUGACACAACAACUGCCUUGCACAAGGAAGGAAAACUGGUGCCUCUGUUGUCUCAAGCUGGAGCUGUUACCAAAACUUCUGCUUAAAGCAGGAGUUGGCUAAUUGGAUGAAUGAUUAGUAAAGUAUAAUAAUUUCAGUUAUGUGCUUCUGUUUGAUCCGUGACACCUUUUCAGAUCAAAACGCACAUUCAACUUGAAAGUGCUUGGUAAUUUGAUGUUUCGAUUUGGAUAUAUGUGCGUCUUUGAAUUUUCUUGAUUGUGAAUAUAUAAUCCCAGGAUCUAUUCUUUGGUUUUGAUUCA